AUGUCGAGUAGCGGCGUAGAGGAGAUGAUGGCGAAGGCGGUCACCAACUCUGCUGACUUCUACAGCAGCCGCAGCGGUGUGCAGGGCAUCCAAGACCGCAAAGACGCGCUCCGGGCGAAGCGGCAGGAGCAGAAGAACACGCUGUCGCAAUGGUACGGCAUGAAGAAACGGCCGCUAAGCGCGGAUGAGCAGCAGGAGGUGGAGCUGCUGAAGUACCGCAACUUUGUUACCCCGGAGCACCAACACCACGCCCCCAAGAAGACGGGCGACGUGGGCGACAACGCGUUUAUAGAGUUUGGCUACUUCGCCGAUGUCGGCCGCAACAAGCGCCGCCGCUACAAGUCGUUCGCGGAUGAGUGGAUCGAGGAAAACCCACAGUUUGCGGACGUCGUGAACACUCGCAUUAAGCGCAACACGAAGGCGAACCAGAAGGCAAAAACGGUAGCGGCGAAGAAGGCGGCCACGGCGGCGGCAAAGGCAAAGGAGAAACGCACGUCGAAGCGAAAGUCGAAGCACGAUCAAUUUUGA